CAGAGGUGACGGACUCCCGACAAAGUGGACCUCGGCGCGUCCUCGUCAUGCGCGCUAAGGCAGGGACAAGGGCCAAAGCUCCAAUCAUCGUCAUCGACGUCAUGAUACCUGCCUUCGCCAUUCACGCGUAGUUUCCCCUUUCCGGUCGCUCACCCUUCACUUUUCGAGGUUUGCAGCUCACGAGAUACCUCAAGUGAUCCUUUUUCAUCACCCAUCUCCAAUUCGUUUGCCCAGCACGUCUCCUCACCAUCGCAUUCAAACUUCCUUAUAAGCGACUGCUGGCUUUGCGCCCAAGCCUCUUGACGAUCGAAUCGAAUCGAAUUGACAUCUCCACUAUACCCAGCAUGGCACGAGCAACCAGGAGCUCCGCCAGGGCCGAAGCCGUGCAAGCGCCAGCCAUUGACCAGGAACCAGUACAGUUGUCGAGUCCACCGACUACCCCAGAGGCGCGCAAUGGACGAAAGAGGAAAGCAGUCAAGGUCGAGGACUCGCCAGAUGCGACUUCCAAGAAAGCACCCGUCACAUCGAAGACCAACAAACGCGUCAAGAAGUCGGCGGUGAAGCAGGAAGACAUCAACGAACUCCCACACAACCUUGGUGCGAUUCCCAGUCUUCCCACCAAGAGCGAGGAAGACGAAAGCAAGCCUUCAGCAAAGAAGCCGAGGAAGUCUGCAAAGACAGCUAAACCGAAGAAAGAGGAAGUCGAUGACCUCGUUGCCAAAGCGACUGCCACCACCGAUCCGUCGCCAAAGAAGAAGAGUAAGGCCAAGACUGGUGGCUAUGGCCUUACUCCCGGUCAGACACCAUACCCAAACUACCCUCAUCCUACAGCCGAAGAAUGCGAAGAGGUUACGCGUCUCCUUUCGAAAGUCCACGGCAAGGUCGAAGCUCCCAAGACCAUCCCCGCGCCUUCUCUUGAAGUCUCUGGUUGUGGAGAGGUACCGUCUGUCCUCGAUGCCCUCAUUCGAACGCGCCUUUCGGCAGCAACAUCCGGCGCCAACUCUUCUCGCGCAUUCGCCGGUCUCGUUGCAAAGUUUGGCAUUCUGCAAGAAGGCGUUGGAAAAGGCAGCGUAGACUGGAAUAAAGUGCGACAAGCAGACCAGAAGGAGAUCUUCGAGGCGAUUAAGAGUGGCGGACUCGCAGAUGUGAAGAGCAAAGACAUCAAGAAGAUCCUACAAAUGGUCUGGGAAGAAAACCAGGCGCGACGUGAAGAGCUGCUAUCUUCGUCAGACAAAGCCCCAGGCUCCGCGAACGAAGCAGAAGCCGAGAAACACGCAGAGGUUGAGAAGGCAGAUGAGAACAUCGUCUCACUCGACCAUCUCCACCUCCUCUCCAACGACGACGCCUUCAAUGCACUGACAAAGUACCCCGGCAUCGGCCCCAAAACUGCAUCCUGCGUCCUCCUCUUCUGCCUCCAACGCCCCUCCUUCGCCGUCGACACCCACGUCUUCCGUCUCUGCAAAUGGCUCGGCUGGGUACCUCCUCCCGGCGACCCUGCAGGCCUUGCUCCCGGCGCAAAAGGUACCUUCGCAGGCGCAAACCGCAACUCAACAUACGCGCACUGCGAAGUCAGAGUGCCGGACCACCUCAAGUACCCGCUUCACCAACUGCUUAUCAAACACGGAAAGAGCUGUCCUAGGUGUCGUGCUAUAACAGGUGAGAGUAGCGAGGGUUGGGAUGAGGGUUGUCCGAUUGAUCAUCUUGUUCAAAGGACUGGUGGGAGGAAGGAUGGUGGGGGUAGUCCUGUCAAGGGUGCUGGAGGUAGUGCGAAGAAGGCGAAGAGCAAGAAGAAGGUUGUGGAGGAGUAUGAGAGUGAUGCGGUGAGUAGUGGGUUGAGCGAUGCUGAGAGCGAGGUGUUGAGCGAUGUGAUUAGUGAUGCGGAGGUGGAGGAGUCAGAGGAAGAAGCCGAAGCAUCUGAGUGAAGGAGGUGAGUGGAAUUUUCGGUAUAGUAGGGUGUUUAUUUCGGUAUAUGACGGUUAGGCUAGGAGGUCGCCAGGUCUUUUCUUCACAUGUAUACUAUUUUCUUAUAUGUCUUCAUAUUUAACACAUCAUAUUCUAUCCUAGCAAUCCUUCCGCUAUAGCUUGUUCCCGCCAGUCAUCACACCAAACACUCAAGACCACCAUCUCUUUCAUCGAAUAUGACAGCACAUGGCAUGGUCGCAAGGAAUCAUAUAAAAUUCUCACAAAGAGAACGUGACAAGGCGGUGCAGUAACGUUGUCCUGCGGCUGAGGCGGAUAACGUUAGC